UGGCGUUGUGAAUAUGGGUGGGCUUCUCUACCGGUAUUCUGCUUGAUGAAGUGAGGUUCGCGCUUACUUUAAAAACGAGCUAAUGACAACUUGCAAAAACUUUGUACAGCAGCGGCCCAAGCUCCUUGUGACUCUGCACAGUGAUUUCCAACUCGAGCACUCAUGUGAUCGCUGCCAAUGGUCGCCCAAAUCUGUGGUCGCAACAGGUUCCUGACAGUAGCCGUCUGCUUUUUCGUCGCCUGGCUCGUUGUGCAGUUGAUAACGACACAGCAAUGCCUCACUCAAAGCCAAACCAACGUAGCUUCGGGAAGCUGGAAGCACUCCUGCCUACGGAAAAUCGUCGAUAGCUUAGUGUCAUCAGGUGUUCAUUCAGACUGCAUAGCGGCGGUCGAGAAGCUUGCCGACGGCCAGCGGCAGCGAGUCAUUUAUGCAAUAACGCCUACGUACGCACGUCCUGUUCAAGAAGCCGAGCUGACGCGGCUUUGUCACACAUUUCGUCUGGUCCCAUACUUGCACUGGAUCAUUGUCGAAGACUCAAUUGUCCAAACAACUUUGGUGUCAGACUUGUUAGCUCGUUGUGGGGUGGCCUACACCCAUCUCUACGUUGCUACACCAGCUGAUCUCAAGCUGAAACCUGAAGAUCCCAGCUGGCUUCUUCCAAAGGGCGUCCUCCAGAGAAACGAAGGCCUGCGUUGGCUUCGAACCAACUGCGAGCACCUGGAUCCCAAUGGCAUAGUCUACUUCGCUGAUGAUGACAACACUUAUGAUCUACGUCUGUUUGAUGAGAUGCAAAAGACUGUCAAAGUGUCUGUAUGGCCUGUGGGUUUGGUCGGAGGCUUGAUGGUCGAGCGGCCAAUUGUUAGAGACAGUCAUGUUGUCGGCUGGAAUGCUGUCUGGAAACCAUACAGGCGUUAUCCUGUAGACAUGGCAGGUUUCGCUGUGUCCCUGCGGCUACUACUUGACAACCCUGUCGCCCAAUUCCGGCUUCGGCUUCCCCGUGGUCAGCAGGAAUCUUACCUGCUGAAACAGCUUCUGUCGGGACCAGAGGAGUUGGAGCCUCGUGCUGAAAACUGCACUCAAGUUCUUGUGUGGCACACUCGCACCGAGAAACCCAAGCUAGAUCAGGGACGCCCAAGCAAGGCUGGAAAUGUGAAACAACCAAAGCAGGCCGCUGCAAAGGCACGCCUCCAGGCAUAGCUGUGCAAGUGUGCCUUGUGAAGCUACUGAUGUUUGUGUGUUAAAGAAGCAGCAGUGCGGGACACCUGGUUGCCCGUGCCAGCAAGCGCCUGUGCUCAACAGGUGCUCGGACUACAGUUGUGCUCGAUUAUUUAGGCAACACAUACUUCAGCUUUUGUCUGAAGAACCUCAACAUUGCUUCGUGGCUGCAGUGAGCACCUGGAGGGGUAAUCUAGGUCAAUCACUUCUGGGAGAUUUCGCGUGACUUGGCAUCAGACUCAUUAGCGUGUACGGGCAACGGCAUUCUUUAUCCUGUGCGAGAUACUACACUGUUGCCUGUAGACACUGACGCGCUGGUACCGAGUCACGUGAUUGUACCCCCGAAAGUAAUUGACUGAGAAUAAAGCCCUUUUCUUUUUGUGCCAUGGCAUUAUUACUGCCCAUUUAGUCAGCAUAUACAAUGACGAAAUAAUGCUGAUGAAAUGUUCGUCCAAGGGCAAGCUUUCUUUUGCUUUUUUGUUGCAUCUCGUUUGGCUGGUUUAGCUAAUGCUUGAAGCGUGCUGCGUUUAGGUUACGAAAGAAGAGGAAGAACCAAGGGGACAAAAGACGAGAAGGACAGUUUUAGUUUGAUUAAAAUGGCACAAUACAUACGUUUCCUUUAGCUGUGCUUAUAAGGAAUGAUACGAUGCUUACUAGUCCAACUAACCUUUUGGUUUGCUUUAACAUGGCUUUGCUUUAAAUACUUCAUUUACACCUUCUCAUAAAAGUUUUCAGAAUGUGAAAGGUUCAGAACAGCUCAGUGACUUCAUGGCCUAAACACCUACAGCCAGAAGUUCUGAGGUGUGCUGGCUUACUCUAAAAUUCUAGCUCACGAGAGUUUCAUAUAUAUAUAUAUAUAUAUAUAUAUAUAUACACACACACACACACAGUGUUCUAGAGUUGGUACCACCAUUUGUGACACUCCCCACAAGACCCCUGUUUUGUAAUCUGGACCUGCCUACCCACCAUGGUUGCUUAGUGGUUUGGCGUUGCGCUGCUAAGCACGAGGUUGCGGGAUCAAAUCCCAACUGAGGCGGCCGCAUUUUUUCGGUGGGGGUGAAAUGCAAAAACGCCUGUGUACUGUGCAUUGGGUGCACGUUAAGGAUCCCCAGGUGGCCUAAAUUAUUCCGGAGUCCUCCACUACAGCGUACCUCAUAAUCGGAUCUCGUUUUGGCUCGUAAAACCGCAGAAAUAAUUGGACCUGCCUAUUGGCCAAAUUCACCAAGGCUUGCUGAUUGUCACAUGUUGGAAAAAACACUUCUUGAUUGGAAAAGUGGGGUGUGCGUUCAUUACGUGAGUAAAUACGUAACAGACCGAGAAUACAGCCCUUGUGAUGUGUCAGUGAACUAAACUCUGAGAACUGGCCUCCAGGCAUGCUCCGAGUUAGAAGCAGAGGUUUUGACCUGGUCUGAUUGAAGGACUGGUGUAAGCUGCCAUUACCAGCUCCUAUGGGGUUCAAUGCAAUUAUUGGCCCAAGUGCUUUCAUCGCAAUAUGACUGCUUCUAAAAAUAUCACGAGAAUGUUGGCAACACUAUUGAGAAAAGAAGUGCUGUCGCUUGUUCACUUUUGUGGGACUAUCAAGGUGCUGGAAAUAUCUGGCAGACGUGAUCAUUACUAAAUAUUCUAUGCCAAUGCGUGUGAAAUGUGGGGAUGGCUUGUGCCAACAGUGCUUGUUGCUUAGUAGAGCCAAAGAACCAGUCAGCAGUGUUGUUCCAAAAGUUUCAUAUGCAAAUAUAUAUCAGCUUAAGCCUCGUGU